GGAAGUCCACAAUUUAUCAGGCAUACAAAUGUCUCUGCUUAUCCUUGCUAUUUUUCUGGCAGCUAUUCAGAAAUGUCAUAAUGUGGUUGCCACUGCAAGGACAGAAGAACUUUUGAAAGUAGUUUUCUAUUUUAGAGGCGAGCUGAGAUAUUUGUUAGAUCCUUCGGAGAUGGAAGAACAGCUUCAUGGAAAUAAAGUUUCUCUGUCAUUGAUAUAACAGCAACAACAACAGAACCUGAACGUUCUGCACUCUUACAGUCUGUUGUUUGUUUUUAAAUUUCUGAUAGGAAGUUAUUUUCAGACUGCAAAUUUGGGCAAGCUGAAUUAAAACUUGCUUCUCUUUUUAUUCAGUUUUGUUUUUAAUUCGAUCUCUACUAAAACUAUCGAAAUGUCAGCUGUUGUAAUUGAAUUGGAUAAGAUUUCGUCAGAUGAGACUGAAAGCAAAAGGGAUUCCAAGCCAGAUUUUAAGCAAGGCAAAUUCAGUCAAUCAUGUGCUGAUUAUCACGGCUUCCAACUUCACUGCUCGUGUUCUGCACCAGCUGGUAUGAACACAAGCAAGAGCGAGACAGUGAAAGAGCACCCAUUAAAACCUUCUAGAAGAUCUAUGCCAUGCCUCGCCCAGAGCCAAACACAUCCUCAGAGCCUGAGCAAGCAUUCAUCAUUUCUGCAGCCAAAUCGUGUGCAGCCCCAGCUCCAGCCCCAGCCUUUAAGUGCAGGGACAUCUGCAGCUGCAGUGGAUGCAGUGUCAGAAAGAGAUAAAGUGAUGGAGACUUUGGAAAACAACUUGCUUAAGCUGUCUAAUACAGAAUAUGGUGAUCCAUUUUUAGAUGUAGGAAAGGACAAAGAUACAUAUACAGAUGAUUCAGAACAUGGGAAUUAUGAUGCUCGUACAGAUCAGUCAUUGCUUAUUCAAAAUAAGCUCACCAGGCAGAAAACAGAACCUCGAACUAAAUCAUCUUUAAAGAGUGAUGCCAUGGUAUCAUCAGGACUCUUCUUCAAAGAUGGCAAAAAGCGCAUUGACUACAUCUUGGUUUACAAGAAAUCAAGUCCACAGGUAGAAAAAAGAAGCACAUUUGAGAAGAAUUUGAGAGCAGAAGGGCUGAUGUUAGAACGAGAGCCAGCUGUUACCAACAGUGAUAUCAUGUUUGUUAAAAUUCACUGUCCAUGGGAGACAUUGUGCAAAUAUGCAGAAAGAAUGAACAUCAGGAUGCCUUUCAGGAAAAAAUGUUAUUACACUGACUGGAGGAGCAAAACCAUGGGCAGUUUGCAGAGAAAUAUUAGAGAGCUGAAAAGUUGGUUGCCAAGAAAUCCGAUGAAGCUGGAUAAGGAGGCGCUGCCUGAUCUGGAGGAAACAGAUUGUUACACAGCGCCCUUCAGCCGUGCACGAAUCCACCAUUUUACGAUAAACAACAAAGACAGCUUCUUCAGCAAUUCCACAAGAAGUAGAAUUGUGCAUCAUGUGCUACAGAGAACUAAGUAUGAAGAUGGAAAAUCCAAAAUGGGUAUUAAUAGGUUACUAAAUAAUGGAACAUAUGAAGCAGCAUUCCCACCACAUGAGGGAAGCCACAAAAGCAGACAUCCCAUCAAAACACAUGGAGCACAGAACCACAGACACCUCUUGUAUGAGCGCUGGGCACGAUGGGGAAUGUGGUACAAAUACCAACCUCUUGAUUUAAUCAGGCGAUACUUUGGUGAAAAAAUUGGAUUGUAUUUUGCCUGGCUGGGAUGGUAUACUGGAAUGCUUAUUCCUGCUGCCCUGGUUGGGCUCUUUGUUUUCCUCUAUGGAUUAUUUACAAUGGAUUCCAGCCAAGUAAGCAAAGAGAUCUGUGAAGCAAAUGAAACCAUUAUGUGCCCUAUGUGUGAACGCAAUUGCACACUACAAAAACUCAAUGAAAGCUGCAUAUAUGCCAAGGUUACACAUUUAUUUGAUAAUGGAGGGACUGUCUUCUUUGCAAUUUUCAUGGCAAUUUGGGCCACAGUCUUUCUAGAGUUUUGGAAAAGACGAAGAGCUGUAUUAACUUAUGACUGGGACCUCAUAGACUGGGAAGAUGAAGAGGAAGAGCUGCGUCCCCAGUUUGAAGCUAAAUAUUCCCAAGUGGAACGAGUAAAUCCCAUCACAGGAAAACCUGAACCUUUUCAGCCUUUCCCUGAUAAACUCAGUCGACUGAUGGUGUCUGUCUCAGGAAUAUUCUUCAUGAUUUCACUGGUCCUUACUGCAGUGUUUGCAGUUGUGGUGUAUCGACUGGUAGCCAUGGAGCAGUUUGCUUCUUUCAAGUGGUAUUUCAUCAAGAAGUAUUGGCAGUUUGCAACUUCUGGCACUGGAGUCUGUAUCAAUUUUAUGAUCAUCAUGUCACUCAAUGUUGUAUAUGAAAAGGUUGCCUAUCUCCUGACAGACUUAGAGCACCCUAGAACAGAAUCUGAGUGGGAAAACAGCUUUGCCUUGAAAAUGUUCCUUUUCCAGUUUGUCAACUUGAACAGCUCCAUCUUCUACAUUGCCUUUUUUCUUGGCAGAUUUGCAGGCCGCCCAGGAAAGUACAACAAGCUUUUCAACAGAUGGAGGCUGGAAGAGUGUCAUCCUAGUGGCUGCUUGAUAGAUCUGUGCUUACAAAUGGGAGUUAUUAUGGUUUUAAAACAAAUGUGGAACAACUUCAUGGAACUAGGCUAUCCUUUAUUACAGAAUUGGUGGUCACGACGCAAAAUGAAGAGAAGAGGGCAAUCAAUGGAGAAUAAAAUUUCUCUACCUCAGUGGGAAAAAGAUUGGAAUCUGCAACCUAUGAAUCUCCAUGGUUUAAUGGAUGAAUAUUUAGAGAUGGUUUUACAGUUUGGCUUCACCACCAUCUUUGUUGCUGCCUUCCCACUGGCACCUCUCCUGGCACUGCUGAACAAUAUCAUAGAAAUCAGGUUAGAUGCAUACAAGUUUGUCACUCAGUGGCGAAGACCUAUGCCUGCAAGAGCAACAGAUAUAGGUAUUUGGUAUGGAAUUCUGGAAGGAAUCGGUGUUUUGGCUGUCAUCACCAAUGCCUUUGUUAUUGCCAUUACUUCUGAUUACAUUCCACGUUUUGUCUAUGCAUACAAAUAUGGUCCCUGCACAGAUCAAGGGUACAGACAAGAAAAAUGCUUAAAAGGAUAUGUCAACAGCAGUUUAUCAGUGUUUGAUUUGAGUGAACUCGGGAUGGGAUACUCAGGAUACUGUAGGUACAGAGACUACAGAGCCCCACCAUGGAGUUCAACUCCAUAUGAAUUCACUUUGCAGUUUUGGCAUGUCCUGGCAGCAAGGCUGGCCUUCAUAAUAGUAUUUGAGCACCUUGUUUUUGGAAUAAAGUCCUUCAUUGCCUACCUAAUUCCAGACAUACCCAAAGACUUGUGUGACAGAAUGAGAAGAGAGAAAUACUUAGUCCAGGAGAUGAUGUAUGAGGCUGAACUGGAACAUUUGCAAAGAGAAAGGAAAAAGAAUGGGAAACAGUAUCACCAUGAAUGGCCUUAGUCACCACCAUACAACAAAAACUCUUUGAAAUUGGAGAGUGAAGUUACAGAAUGAAGUCAGUCUGGCAUUUGUGUGAGAUUUGGUGGUGGUGUAUAUAUGUUCUUGCUAGGCUGUACAGUUGCAUACUUCAGUGGGCACUGGAAAAUAGAUGUUUGCAAUGAUGACAAUAAAAAGCCUUACCUCUAGCUGGUCUAUGAUGAGCUCCAAUGACAAUUGGCAUUCAGAAAUGUGCAGACAGAUUAAAAAUCUGGACACUGUUUUUAAAAAAAGGCAAUGGAUUUUCAUGCUGUUUAUGAAGAUACUAUCAAUAUGAUGAAAACAGCAAAUUACCUGUGAACAUAUAGAAUGGGCAUGGCUAAAACCAAGUUAUGUGAUAUUGAUUACUUGUACAGCUUCUGAUUGCUCAGCUCCAUCUGUGAUGCCUCUAAAGAACAGAGCAGUUGUUGCCUUUGUGGCCAUGACUUGAUCUUUCAGGCUUACUGUUUUGUCAGGUUUGUCCUAGUCUCUUGUUGAGAUUGUGGAUGUGGUCCUACCCUAAAAAAGGGGUCUGUGGCUGCUAAAUAUAUACUAUGCAGUUUAAGAUUUGCACAUCAGUGUCAUUAAUUUAUCCAUCUAGUUGAAAACCAAAAAGUCCAAAUUCAGAAAAAGAACAGCAGCUCUAGGAGAAUGUAAUUUUCUGUUUGAAAAUUACACAGCUGUUGAGUUGUCUUUCCACUUUUGUGUGUGGAAAGGCCAUCUCCACACUUUUCCAGGGUGAAAGAACUGUCAUUUCCAUGCUAACUGUGUUCCUGUUCCUCUUGAUCAGUCUGGGCAGUGAUUCCAUGACUUCACAGAAUGCUAACUUGAAAUACUCCCAUGCAGUGCAAAUGACUUUCUCUUCAAAAUACAAUUAUAUCUUUAUAGUAUGCAAGCUUCUGCAGAUAUAUAUGAGAUAUGCAGUAUAACAUGUGGCUUGCUUGUUCAGGGAAGGAGAAGAAGAGCAAAGUGUAACAAUGUUCUUCUUAUUCUAAUAGUAAAUGUUGCAGUAAUGUACACUUUUAUUGGCCUAAAUAUGUCAUAACAUUGGAGCUGGAUACAGGCAAAUAUGUAUACAGAUUGUAUAUAAAUGCAUACACACAUUGUGGUUACUCUUAGAUUUAUUAUUAUUAUUAUUAUUAUUACUAUUAUUAUUAUUAGUAUGCCUUCUUACACUUUGGGGGGGAUUUUUUCGAUAAAAUCACUAAAAAAGUAUAUGUUCAUUGAAGAAUCAAAUUUCAGUUUUUAUGUUGUAAAACAGCAUAUUGCAGUGUUGCUUGUGCUUGAUAGUUACAUUCUGGUGAUGAAAUUGUCUGUCACUAACAUUUCAUAAUACAGGUAAAGUACUUAAUGGUUAAACAAGUUUGAAGGGAAACCUUGCAGGGAAGAGAAUGGAUAAACAGAGUUACAGUUGUUCUGUUUCUCUUGUACAAUUUUAAAUAAUGCUUCUCUAUAUGGGAUGAGAAAAAUCUGAAAAACAGAGUCAGCAAAGCACAGUAACCACAAAAUCUACAAAUUUUGACAUUAUUUUUAGGGAUAAAGCUACAGCACAAUCACUGCUGACAGCUAUGGCAAGACCUGAAUUUUCACUAUUUACAUUAUCCUGUUGAAUUAAAAAGUGUAAUUCCAGUACUCACUUGCAUUUAUUAGCACAAUAAUUUUAUUUUGUUCCACUGAAAUUAAUUUCAAGAGCCCAUCAAAGUGGGUAAAUAGGAUCUGGAUUGUAUCCAGAGAGCUAACAUCAGACUUUUAAUUUCUUCAGUUGUUUCACCACGUUAAUGAGAUUUCUGGGUUAAUUUCAGCUCUGUUACCAGACAAGGCACUUACAGGACUCUGUAGUACUGCAUGAAAGGAAGAAAUAAAUUUGAAGGUCUGGUCCAACCAGAUACAUUACCCAUACAUUCUGUGAUAAAGGAUUGAUGGAACUCAGCUUGCCAUAUUUUGGAAAGGCUGUUCUGUUCCUUCAUUUGUUCCUUCAUACCCUGAGUUGUGCAUUAAGUUCCUCAAGAGUCAAUAUCAGAAAAAAAAAUUACUGCACUCUCCUCAGUGUGAAUAGAAUCACAACAUUUUAUUUAAUUUAUUGUGUCUCUGUCUCCUUCUGUGGAUUGUCAAGCACUGUUGAACAGAAUUAACCCUGUGUCACAGUUUUUGUUUCUGUGCCACCUAGUGAUAAUAUUUCAAUGCUUCAGAAGGUCACAGAUGAGCUCUUUUUAAUGUUUUCUCUAAAAACAAAAUGCCUUGGCUGGCCCAAGUUAUAAAGUUAUGAAGUGAUAUACAGGGUAAAAAUCAGGCAAAAAUUGAAAAUAUUAUUUUAUACUUUUUUGUUUCUGCUAUUGAUACUGGCAUGUGUCAGUACAUACCUAGGCAAGUUCCAAUUGGACUUGAAAAACCACAUUAAUUUUUUUAUUUUAUUUGAGAUUUACAUAUAUAUAUAUAUUAUGAUUUUUUUUCAACACUGGAAUAUAGGAGUAUAUAAAAGGCAAGUGUGUAGAUCUGAAAUGGUGCAUUUUAUGCACUGGAAAAGCACAAGAAAUUUGGAAAAACACUCUGUGUGUCCUUUGCUUUUGGAGGACAUCAACAAUGUGUAAAGGUCUUGCCACUGUCUUGCCAUUUGCUUAAGCUGAGAAACCUUUUUGCUUGACUUUGCUUAUGCUGUUUUCAUGGACUGCACAUUAUUUUCCUAAAGAAUAAUGCACACACUGUCCUCAGGAAUAAUGUAUUUUUUGAAUGGUGAAUGAUCUUUUCAUAUUCUAAAUAUUGUCUUUUCAAAAAAAAUGACUCGUAUGACUAGACUGUGCAUGCAGGCUGCAUUUGUGAAAUUUGACAAAGCUUUAGAACCUCAAUUUGUGCAAAAAUGCUUUGGAUCAUUGCAGAUCUAAUCUAUGAAAACUUUGCUCUAUGCAUGCGCCCUUACAGAGACUGCAUGAGCAACUGGAUUUUUUAUAUAUAAAGUAUUUGUUCAAAAUGUGUUAAUUAUUCUUAAAAAAAUUCUGCAUCUUGAUUCAGACAAAAGAAAUUUCCAUUUCAGAGAUGGCACAAAGUCCAGACACGUGCUAUACACCUAAUUUCUUAUGACAUUUUAUUCUAAAUUUGUGCCUACUGUGUGAGAUCUGAAUUUUGGUGAAUAAAAGAAGGAAAAUAAGAAUUCUGUUUUAUUGGCCAUCCUAAUGAGAGGUUCCCUGAAGUUUGUCUCUACAAAGAGGGAGGCAUUAAGAGUGCUCACAGCUGAGAGCUAAGGCUUGUCUGAACAUUGAGCUCGCUGACUGAGCGCCCUUCAGCAGAGCUUUGGAAACAAGGCCAACCUCAUGAUGAGUUCAGUGACACCUCUGAAGCUGUCACCCAUGGCAUUCUCCUGGAGAAGGUGGCUGCAGGUGUACUCUGAGCUGGAUUAAAGCUAAUUAAAGCUGGAUGGCCGUGCCCAGAGGGUGAAGUGCAGUGAGGGCUGUUUAUCCAGGUCAGGAGCGUGGCUCCCCAAGGCUCAGUGUUCUUCUUCUGUUUAAUGUCUUUAUCAGUGAUCUGAGCAAGGGGAUCAAGAGCAUCCUCAGUGAGUUUGCAGACCAUACUAAGCUAAGUUGUGUGGCAUUGUUGGAUCUGUUGGAGGGCAGGAAGGCUCUGCAGAGAAAUAUGAACAGGCUGGAUCAAUGGGUCAAGUACCAAGUCUUGUCCCUGGAUCACAACAAUCCACUGCAAUGCCACAGGCUGGGGGCAGAGUGGAAAGGAUCUAGGGGGACAAGUCAAGAGCAGCUGAACAUGAGCCAGCCUCUGCCCAGGUGGACAGAAAAGCUCACAGCAUCCUGUCCUGUGUCACAAACAGUGUGGCCAGCAGGACCAGGGAAGUGAUUGUCCUCGCACUGAUGAGGCCACAUGUUGAGACUGUGUCCCAUUCUGGGCUCCUCAGUUCCAGGCAGACACUGAGGUGCUGGAGCUUGUCCAGAGAAGGACUGUGAAGCUGUGGAGGGAUCUAGAGAGAUUAAUUCAUAGGAGGAGUGGCUGAAGGAGCUGUGGUUUUCAAGGAGACUCAGAGGAGUCAUUACUCUCCACAGCUACCUGAAAAGAGAUUGUAGCAAGGGGGGAAUCAGCCUCUUCUAGCAGGAAACCAGUGACAAGGGAACACAACCUCAGGCUGCACACAGUAAGGCUCAGGUUGGACACUGGGAAGAAUUUUUUCAUUGAAAGCAUUGGAACAGGCUGCCCUGGGAGGUGGUGGAGUCAUCAUCCUUGGAAGUGUUCAAGAAAUGACAGGACGUGGCACUUAGUGUUGUGAUUUAUUUGUUAUGGUAAUAUUUGGUCAAAGAUUGGACCUGAUCAUUUUGGAGAUGUUUUCCAACAUUAACAAUUCAUCCCUUUCCUAACCCUUUUCAUGAAAGGAUUUAUAGAGAAAAUAGUGUCAGGGCUAAAAUUUCAAUAGUGAUGAUGGAUGAUAAGUGAGCUUUUGUUUUUGUUAGAUGUUUCUUUGGAAGUACAUAUCUUCACUAGUAUGAAAUACAUAUCAGCUGUGGCUGUGCUUUUCCAACAACUAGCCAUAAAUAGUGUUCUGAGGCACAGUUAGGCUCAAUUGUGUCCUGUGGAAAGCUCAAAUGGAAAAUGUCUAGACAGACUAGAAAAAAUAAGUUAGUAGAUAAAUACCUUAAUUUCCAGAACUUUCCUUCAUAAAAAGUUCUACAGAAGGAAAAAUACCUUGGGAAAUACAGCUUCAGGGAGAGUAUUAAUAUGGGGAAAGGCAACAGUUUGGGUGAUGUUUUAUUCUUAAUGUGCCAUUAAGAUGAUCAGUUUAAUUGUAUGAGUAAUGCACAUCUGCUCUUUCCUUGCUUUGGCUUCCUCCACUGCACACUCCAACUGGGAGCGUUGCCAGAGAGAAUUUCUGGAGCCAGGGAAUCCACUGCAGUUACCUGCCAAGUCCUACAUGGCACUGUGGGACUUAAUAAACUUUUGCAUUAUGUCACGGUUUGUUUGGAGGCAAAUUAGCAUAGUUAGCCUGUAAAAGUCACUAAUUUUCAUUAAAACUUACUAAAACUAGAUUUUUUUUAUAUAUA